AGGCACGUGUCAGACCAUCGACCACGUACGGCCAUGAUCCUGUGAGUUAUGCCUCUCCUUCUCCACCGCCUCGUCUGGCCUCCCGCCGCUCCUCCCCUCCUCGCCGGCGCCCGGAACCCACCUCCAAAAACCUCCACCGCCGUCCACCGCUCCUCUUCCUUCUCCGCCGCCUUCCCGAGGCUUCUCCAUCCCUGCGGCGCCGGGAGAGUGGAGGGCUCCUCUUCUUUCGAUCCCGCCACAUUCGAGGCCGACCGAGUCCGCCUCGACGCGGAGGCCCGCGCAGCUAUGGCGUCCGCCGCAGCCUCGGCAGAGAAGGGACGCGACGACCCCAAGGCGUGGAAGUGGAGGAUUCGAAAGCGGAUCUGGGAUAUCAUGGAGGCCGAGGACAUCGCCCGGAAUCCUCGCCCUGUCCAUCACCGCAUCCCCAAUUUCGCCGGCGCCGCCGCCGCCGCCGAUUCGUUAGGGAGAUUAGAAGUUUUCCAAAAGGCUCAAUGUGUGAAGGUCAACCCGGAUUCCCCACAGAAGCAAGUCAGGUUCUUAACUCUUACAGGUGGGAAAAAGUUGUUGACUCCUCAACCACGUCUGAGAACUGGUUUCUUUUCGAUAUUGGAAUCUCAGAUGUUAUCUUCUGCUUCCAUAAUGGAGGCAUGCACUUCUGUUGGGGUUGUUAAAUAUGGCAGACCUAUCAGUCUGGAUGAAAAAAUUAAAGUAGAUUUGAUAGUUAUUGGAUCAGUUGCUGUUGAUCCAAGAACAGGAGCACGACUUGGGAAGGGAGAGGGAUUUGCAGAACUUGAGUAUGGUAUGCUACGAUAUAUGGGGGCUAUAGAUGACACGACUAUGGUUGUAACAUCUGUGCAUGACAAGCAGUUGGUGGAUGAUAUCCCAGUUGAGAAGUUGUUAGUUCAUGAUGUUCCAGUUGACAUUAUCUGCACUCCAACUCAGGUGAUCUUCACCAAUUCAACAAUCCCUAAGCCUCAAGGAAUUUACUGGGAGAAACUUUCUCCAGAGAAGCUUGGCCAAAUUCGCAUCCUCAGAGAGUUGAAGAAGUGGAUAGAACGGGAGACCGGGCAGAUGCUUCCUUGUGGGCCUUCAGAAAAGCUUCCUCCCACUGCUCAACGGAGAUGAUGAAUGGUUAAAAACUACAGAUAUGAUUAUAUUGGAAGUAUAUGUUUUUCCUACCACCGUCAUGGAAUAUGUAAAUGCAAUUUGAAUUUCUUUUUCCCAGUUUAAUAUGCUAUGAGAAUAUGUUACAGAAUGUUCAUCAUCAAGGGAAUAAUAUGAGUGGCAUGAGCUUCAUGUUCUAGUGCAAUAUUUGGUUGUCAUCAUAUAGCAAACUUUGUUGCAAAGUAAAACAUAGUUUUAGCAAG